CUUCCGUGCAAAAUGCCUAGAGAGAGCGAGCUGCGAUCCAACGGGAAGCGCGCGGCCUCAAAACGCGGGCGAAGCAACGGCCAUGGGAAUGCCAUGCCAUCCACUGCUUGCGCGCGGUGGCGCGGAGACGGAAGGCGGCCAUGGGAGGAGCGCGCGCCACCUGACCUAAGGCAGGAGGAGGAGGAGGACGCCAAUCCAAGGACGGCGAAGCCGAGAGCGGGCAAAGCGCCCCGUCGAUCGCUCGAGUUCCCCCGUCCCCCGGCCCGCCGGCCAUGGCGUACCGGAGGAAGCAUGGGAUCCAGAGGUCGGCCACCUUCGUGGAGGACCACCGCCAGCAGCCGCCGCAGCCGGGGGACACCUCCUCGCCGGCCAUCGCGUCGCCGCGCGCCACCCGGUUCGCCGACGACAGCCGCCGCCCCGACCGCUCCCUCGCCGCCGCCUCCUCGUCUCCCCAGCCCGACGGCUCCACCCCGGAUCCUGUCACUCAGCUGUACACAUCGGCGCGCGGCGCGAAGGGAAAUGAGACGAAGCACGGAUUCUGGGGAGUGUUGGCACAGCAAGCCAUAGUGAUGCUCGACGAAAACGGCGGCACGGAUGAUAAUCACUCUGUGACAUCGCAAUCUCGUUGGUCCUACGACCGGGUCCGGAAGCCCGAGAACCCUCCCUUGGACAUUGGAUGCAAGAUCAAGACCGCCCUCGAGGAGGGCCUGACGAAGGUGGAGGGUAGCAGCAGGACGGGCGACGGCGUCCAUGGCCGGAAGCUGCACAUCAGGAGGAAGGCUUGCAGCAUGGACCUCCGCAACAGCAGCAUGGGAUUGUCCAGCCCGGAGGCCAUGUCGCCGACGAUGUCGGACACGGAGUCGCCGCAGAUCAAGGCUUCUCGCGACGUGGCGAGCGCCAUGGCGGCCAAGGUGAAGCUGCUGCAGCGGGAGCUGAAGACAGUGAAGGCCGACAUGGCCUUCUCCAGGGAGCGGUGCGCGCAGCUGGAGGAGGAGAACCGCAUGCUCCGGGACGGCAAGCACGACGCCGACGAGGACCUGAUACGGCAGCAGCUGGAGACGCUGCUGGCGGAGAAGGCGCGGCUGGCGAACGAGAACACGGUGUACGCCAGGGAGAACCGGUUCCUCCGGGAGAUCGUCGAGUUCCACCAGCUCAACAUGCAGGACGUGGUCGACCUCGACGACGAGGACAUGGCCGGCGACGGCGACGGCGAGGAGGGAGACGACGACCAUCAGCAGUACGGGUGUCAUCUCCGGGCGCACGAGGCGGCGCACGGCUUGUGGGCCGGCGGCGGCCUGGGCACGCCGCCGCAGUCGCCGUUGGGCCACGCCGGCAGGAUGGGGAUGUCGAGGUCGAACAGCCGCGCCGCCGAGUCGCCCACCAUGCGCCGGAGCUUGAAGGAAGAAAACGUCGAUGAGCCGGAGACGCCGCCCACUCGCCGGAGCCUGAAGGAAAAAGCCGACGUUGAUGCGCCGCCAGAGACGCCACCCACUCGCCGGAGCUUGAAGGAAGCCGACGUCGACGAGCCAGAUACGCCGCCCACUCGACGGAGCAUAAAAGAAGAUGCCGAUGAUGCGCCAGAGACGCCGACGACCAAGCAAGACAUUGGUUCGCCGGAGACGGCGACGACGCCUGCACGCCGGAGCUCCAAUGACGAUCUUGGUGCAGCAGAGACGACGACCCCAACUCGCCGGAGCUUCAAGGACGAUAAUGGCGUGACAGAGAUGAAGAACGAGCAUUGACGAAAGGCAUCUUGUGAUCGCUCUGAAACUGUUGUGUGCAUGUAGAGAGUUUAUUGUGCCUAUUAAUUUUUUGGGUCAUUUUGUUGCAUGUAAUUCCUAGCACACGUAAUUAUCUCACCCCAUAUGUUAAUUGUGAAAAUAAAGCACCUCCUGCUUUGGGCCAUUAUCUCACUCCAUAUAACCAAUCUUGCUGUCCCUUGAGAUCAUCAGUAAUUAUACUUUUUCCUAGGAUUUGAAUAUAGGAGUUCAGUUUAAAUAAAGAAUGAAAUGUUCAAGUUAUUUAGGUGUUCUGCAACAUGGAAAAAUGUAUGAUUGAGAAGAUGUAAGGGAUUGGAUGUCAUGGCCGAGGAAUUACAGAAAAUCUCAGGAAUGUCAAGGGAAAUAUAUAUUAGCGUGGAAAGAAGAGGAGAGGCAGUGAGACUUUGCAUUAGACUUCGCAAAGGAAAUGUAAACAUUAGGCAUAGGAUUUUGAAAGCCAUUCUACAAUCCAAGGGUCAUGGAAAAUAAAAUUUUCAUAUCAAACUUCAAUACUCGAAAAAUUCUUAAAGAAAACCUUCAUUUGAAACAAGUCCUGCUAAUGUUCAUUUAUUCAGCACUCUUGGCAGAAAACAGCUAUCAGGAGACGACCCAAGGCAUCAACGGUAGAGUUCACAAUGUCACUGGGGAUGGCAAACUCCAGUACCGCGGUGACUAGCUCAAUUUGUACA